AUGGCAGCUAUGGUAGUCCAAGCAUCAAGCAAAACCAGCUUGUGGCAUCAAAGGACAGGACAUGUAAGUCUAAUAGAAAUGCAAGUCCUAGACAGACAAGGCAUGUUAGAUGGUGACAAGAUUUGUGAUCUUGAAUUUUGUGAGCACUUUGUGUAUAGAAAGAUGCAUAUAGUCAAGUUCUCUACAAGAAAACAUUGCUCAAAAGAAAUUCUAGAAUAUGUUCACAGUGAUCUAUGGGGUCUUGCAAAAAUUGUUUCACAUGGAGGUAACAAGUGUUUCGUUCCAUUUCUUGAAGACUAUAGUAGAAAAUGGAAGUCUAUGGUUGAAAAUAGGACUGACAAAAAGACUAAAAACUUAAGGACAUACAAUGGUCUUGAAUUUAGCAGUGAGGAGUUCACUAGUUACUGCAAAACUUAUGGUUUGAACAAACACAGGACUAUAAGAAACACACCUCAGAAAAAUGGAUUGGCUGAAAGGAUGAAUAAAACCUUGCUUGAAAGAACGAGAUGUAUUCUAUCAAAUGCGGUCUCUAACCAAAGUGAUAGUAAAAGUUCACAUAAACUUGACGCUGAUAAAUUUGAUCUUGAGGUGGAGCAAGCUAUAGAAAAAGGGAAAGAACAACAGCAUGCUGAACAAGACAAAAAUGAUACCAACUCACCUGAAAAUGAUAUUUUUCUAGACCAUGACAAUCCAACGAUACAGGAACUAGAUGAAUAUAAUCUCAUCAGGGACAGAGAAGGAAGAGCAUCAAAUCCCCCUCAAAGAUAUGGUUAUGCAGACAUUGUGAGUUAUGCAUUACAUGCUGCUGAAGAAAUCAUACAUGAAGAUCCUAGAAACUAUUAUGAAGCUACCAAGUGUCAAGAUAAAGACAAGUGGCUUUUAGCUAUGACUGAGGAUCUGAACUCACUAGAGAAUAACAACACUUGGGCACUCAUACCUAAGUAUGCCAACUCCAGUAUUAUAGGUAGAAAAUGGAUCUUCAAGAGGAAAGGGGGAUUUCAAGAGUUGAACCACAUAGGUUCAAAGCGAGACUAG